UCGAUGGAUCAACUAUCCAGAGAGGCCAACGCCAACGCCAACGCCUCCCUCGCCUUUUCUCACUGGUUGCAUGCUGCCUCUUGAACCCGGCACCCUCCCACCUGUGAGCAACCACCGACCGAAGCAUAAGCCUCGUUCGACUCUGCCGACCUUUUUGGUGAUGACACUGCUGCUGCCGCUCGCCAGACCCUAAAGAAGCCGACGCAUUUUCUGGUUCCUACUCUUUCCCAGCGUUGGCCCUACUGCUCACACAUACAUCAUUUCUUGUGUAACUCAUGCUAUAUCACUCCCUCACACCCUAUACCUCUGCAUUCAGCCCGCUGCACGCGACUCGGUAAUGUCGAGUGCUGAUUAUGAGGAACGUGGGGGAACUGCAGCUUCGCGCGCAACCUCCGCCAUCCAAUCCCCGGUCGACCACUUCCACUACUCUCAGUCUGCUCAGCACGCCUCGUCCAGUCUUGACGACACGGAUUCUUCUACCUGGUCUAGCUUAGGAGGUCCUCAGACCGCAAGUACUUCCUCCACCAAUCUCUCGCCCGCUCAGAUUUCUUCGACCUUGGACUCUCAAACUACAAUCAAAUCAACGCAAAAGCCCCCCAAUACCAAUCUGGAUCUCUCCAUCUCCGAAGCCGUUGCUCGAAAUGAGUUGUUGUUGCGGGACGCCGUAUUUCCCGAGUGGAAGGACGACACUGCUGGUGAAGAGGACCUUGAUAGCCCCGAGGAACUGCAAAAGAAGGAUCCAUUGGGCACUCAAAUAUGGAAACUGUACCAUCGAACCAAGUCCCGGUUGCCCAACCAAGAGCGCAUGGAAAAUCUAACAUGGCGGAUGAUGGCAAUGAACCUUCGCCGCCGCGAGCGGGAACAACUACAAGCAGCGUAUGACAGCUUCUAUUCCGGCAGCGACUCACGCAUGGCCGGUGCUGACAGUUUAUUGUCUAGUGGUCUCAAAGCCCAAGUCAAGAACCCGCCGCCGGCCUCAAAUGCCCCCAGCGGGAUUGCCCAGCAGCUACGCAAGUCUGUCGACAAUUCUGCUGAAAUGGAGCAGUCGCCUUUAGAUCCUAUGAACCUCGACGACUUCAUCAUUCCCAGUUCUGUGGCUUCUCCUGCUGGUCUCACUUCACCUGUGCCGGUCGAUGCUCCAGCACCGUCCAAGCCAUUCCAGACACCUGCCAUUCCCAUUGCUGCUCGCAACAAGCCGCACAUAGAGAUCCCGAAGGAUCUACCGCCCUCGUCGGCGCCUCAAACCUCGGUUCCCAUCCGCCGGACAAGCGAAUUUGACUACGUACAAAAGAGAGUUCGAAAAACUAGCAUCGACGAGCGCAAAGGAAUUCGAAAGCGUCCAGCCGAGUUCUCUCCCCAGGUACCUCCAUUGGUUGCGCCCAACACUUCAAACAAUAAUGAGGUGGAUUCUGGCGUGCCUGACUAUGCACUUGACCAGCCGACGCCGCAGCAAUAUCCCACUUCCGCCAGCUUCCAAGGCCAAAUGUCAAUGCAUCUCGACUCUUUUCAUCUAGCAGAUGACCCAAUUCUCACCUCGGCCGGCCCGUUCCAGCAAAAUUUUGCCUUCUCACCCGCAGCUUCGCCCAUGGUCACCAAUGGGCCCUUCUCGAACGUUUACAAUCAAACAACUAUGGCUUCUUCCCUCAACUCGACCGACUUCUAUUCGCCUCCCCAAUCUGGUUACCCCUCCGCUGUUUCUACCCCUCAGCCUGGCCACGAAAGUGAGCAGCAAUUUUACUUUGACGGAAGCCAUCCACGAUCGAUGCCAUUCUACCCAGCACACCGUGGAAACCACCUAAUGACUACGAUGUCUGCUCAGUAUCCUUACGGAAACAACAACGAGCAGAUGUAUGCGCCCAUGAAUGGUGUCAGCUCGGCGCCGUCUAUCAACGGAUUCACUAUUCAACAACACGUAGACCCUUCCAACGUUCUUGUUCCUGAGUUUGGACGUCGAGUUGGAGAGUCUCCUGGAGUUUCCAUGGGCGCGAAUGACAACAUGUUCCAAUUUGGAGGCGACUCGGACGGCGAAGACGAUGAUGGUAAUUACGCCGACGCUGGCCUCAUGAUGCAGUCCGACUAUGGACAGAUAGGCGAUCCUACCCUCGACCUCAACUCUGGCUUGCAAUGGGAUCCCAGUGUCGCUGACUUUGGCAACAUGCAACGAUAUGGUGGUAGCGGUAAGCAGGUUCGAAUUGGGGGAACCGAAAUGGUCAAUUCGCCUCCAGACUGGAGCGGAUCCAUGUUAAGCAGGACACAUGGCUCAGCGGCAUCUGUCAGCGAUAUUCGGAAUCGGGACCAGGACCCUCGGGGACGACAAAAGAUUCCAAGAACGACUUCUACGCCUGCUUUGACCAGCGAGCAUCUGAUGUCCGCCCAAAGCUCGCCUGGUGAAUCCGGGUUCAGCAGUCGACAGCCUUCAAGGCCGAGUAGUCCGGGACCGAAGAACACUGACCAGAAUGGUGUGCCCACCACUUGCACCAACUGUUUCACCCAGACGACACCACUUUGGCGACGCAACCCAGAGGGCCAUCCUCUUUGCAACGCAUGUGGUCUGUUUCUGAAGCUUCAUGGUGUGGUCCGUCCCCUGUCCUUGAAGACGGAUGUCAUCAAGAAACGCAAUCGUGGAAGUGGGAACACGAUUCCCAUGGGCUCUGCCGCUACCAGGGCAUCUAAGAAGUCGUCCAGGAAGAAUUCGGUGGCGCAGACUCCGGUCUCAACGCCUACCUCGGGCAUUGCUCCAAGUGAGCAGAACUCGGCUUCGCCAGCGUCUAUCCAAGGUUCCACCAACUCCGGCUCGAUAGUAACCACACCAACCAGUUAUCCUCCUGGCACGACAGGCGGGAAGCCGGGAGUUGUGCCAAUCGCUGCAGCACCACCUAAACCACCUAUGCAGCCGGGCCCCAACAUGACUAGACCGGUUCAGGUUGCACCGAAACGUCAGAGGAGGCAGUCGCGGGCAUCUGUCAAUACCAUGCCUGCUCCCAAUAGUGCGGGGCCCAGCCCCGAAUCCGAGAUGCAAGAUGUUGGGCAGUCCACGCCCAAAGUCACGCAGGCACCUGUUACUCGGGCCAAAGCAGCCAGCAUGUCGAGCACAGCAGGAGUUACCACCAUGGCAUCUGUGAUGCAGGGUGGUCUACUGAACGCGAACGUCCAAAACAUACCGGGCAACCCGCAUGGCAACAGCCAAGAGUGGGAGUGGUUGACCAUGAGCUUGUGA